AGAGAGAGAGAGAUGCAAAAGGGAGGCAGAGAAACAGAUCCUCGUGCAGACUGAAGAUUGGCGGCGGAGGGAACACACACACUCACACACACACACGCCUGAGGAGUGUAUGAGCCAUGCUGGAGACACACACUCACUGACAGGGAGUGAAGCAGAGGAACGAUGGAGGGAAGCAUUUUCUUUGGUAACAGAUGUCACAACGGCCUCAUGCCCGCCCUGGCCCGGCCCGCCAUGCCGUCUGUUCACAGCGCUCUCGGCAUGAAGCCUUUUCUGCCUUUUCCGAUGGACAACCCCUCAGCGGCCGUCAGACUUUUCCCAAGAUUCAACCCGAGCCAAGCUGUGGCCCACUACAAGGGGGCCAAACACGGCAGGAAGCCCAAGGCCCCGGACCCGCCCAAAACCAGGAGGAGAGGCUCAGCGGUCGCCAAGGAGACGGGCAGCCAUGAGGCUGCGGCGGGCGUCGUCGACAACAAAGAGAUGCUUCCCGUGCUCCAACUGCCACCAGUCGAUGGAGCCUCGCCGGCAGUCCCGGACGCCUCAGAGACGACCUCAGCCGCCGGGACGGACGAGGGGCCGUCACAGCUCCACUCCCCCACCGAACUGGGCCCGGACCCUGACGCCGAACCCGAGAAGGAACUGGACCCAGAGACGGAGGAGGAGAAAGCCAAGCGUCUUCUCUACUGCUCGCUGUGCAAGGUGGCCGUCAAUUCGGCAUCUCAGCUGGAGGCCCACAAUAGCGGUACCAAGCACAAGACCAUGCUGGAGGCCCGCAGCGGGGUGGGCUGCAUCAAGUCCUUUCCGCGGGCCGCAGUCAAAGGCAAACUGCCGCCGCCGCCGUCCAAAACGUCGACGGGCCUGCAGAACAAAACCUUCCACUGUGAGACGUGCGACGUGCACGUCAACUCCGAGACGCAGCUGAAGCAGCACAUCAGCAGUCGGCGUCACAAAGACAGAGCUGCCGGCAAACCAGCCAAGCCCAAAUACAGCCCUUACAGCAAACCACACAAAGGAACCACGAAACAGAUGCAGGUCAAGCUGACCUUGGGCAAAGAGCAGCCGUGCACGCCCCUCGCCGCCCAGCUGCUGCCCGCCCACCUGGCGGCCAUGGCCGCCGCCAUCAGCAACACCUUCGCGCACCGCGCCCCACGCGGCGUCCCAGGCCCCGCCCUUUUCCAGACGCCGCCCCUCCACGCUGCUCUGCUCCGCCCCGCCCCCGGGCCCGUCAGGACCUCCCACCCUCAACUCCUCUUCGCCCCCUACUGACUCCCCCGCGGCCCCUCCCCCACUGGACCAGCACUCCGACCAGUCUAUGCAUUCAGGGUUCAUGCCGUUCACGCCGCUCCUGACGGCGCCGCGCCAACAGCUCACGGGCAGCCUCCUUUUGACGCCCAACGGCCAUCGCGGACUUGACGGCGAUAAUAUAAACCGUGUUGGAACUAUGCAGACUUCACCGUGAUGUUCCCGUCGCUCACUUCCUGUCCGCACUUUAACCUCUGUUGAUGUGCACGUUAGACGCUAGACCGUGUUUGAUGGUGACCGUGUGUGUUGUUUUUCUAUUUGUCCUUACACAUGCGUGCAUGUGUGUGCGUGUGUGAGAGAAUGUUCCAUCCGCCACGAGGUGGGACGGAACCGACGGACCACCAGUGCUUGUGUGUUACGUGUUUCUGUGUCACGGUGAAACGUUUGAAAGAAAUAAAAGAGUCCUACUUUGUUAAAAA